ACCCCAUGAUUAGAUAGUGAACAACCCCAUGCCAUGAUUAGAUAGGGAACAACCCCAUGAUUAGAUAGUGAACAACCCCAUGAUUAGAUAGUGAACAACCCCAUGAUUAGAUAGUGAACAACCCCAUGAUUAGAUAGUGAACAACCCCAUGAUUAGAUAGUGAACAACCCCAUGCCAUGAUUAGAUAGUGAACAACCCCAUGAUUAGAUAGUGAACAACCCCAUGAUUAGAUAGUGAACAACCCCAUGAUUAGAUAGUGAACAACCCCAUGAUUAGAUAGUGAACAACCCCAUGCCAUGAUUAGAUAGUGAACAACCCCAUGAUUAGAUAGUGAACAACCCCAUGAUUAGAUAGUGAACAACCCCAUUCCAUGAUUAGAUAGUGAAAAAACACACCAAUCUCUUUCCUAAUUUCUUUAAACAAUAAAAGCUCAUUUACGAAAAUUUACGAAAAGUGAGAUAUUGCGUUUUGGAAUGAAACUCUUCUUAUGUUUCCCCAUCUGAGCUCAGAGUAGAUGAGAGAUGUAAUGUUUGUCUCUGUUGUGUUGAAGUCCAAUCAAGCAGGAGAGACCAGCCUCCCCUGUUCCCAGCUGUGUGUCCAUGAAGAGUGACAAGUCUAUGGAACAUCCUAUAGAGUUUAGAGAGGGAGACUUUUCUACUGAACAAAGUCCAAUCAAGCAGGAGAGACCAGCCUCCCCUGUUCCCAGCUGUGUGUCCAUGAAGAGUGACAAGUCUAUGGGUGAACCUAUAUGGUUUAGAAAGGGAGACUUUUCUACUGAACAAAGUCCAAUCAAGCAGGAGAGACCAGCCUCCCCUGUUCCCAGCUGUGUGUCCAUGAAGAGUGACUGGUCUAUGGAACAUCCUAUAGAGUUUAGAGAGGGAGACUUUUCUACUGAACAAAGAAACCAACAGGAGGGAUCAGAGUCAGAGAUUCUCAGUGGUCAGUCUUCCCAGGGUCAUCAAACAGACCUGGACUCCAUAUUCAGUAUGCUUGAAGAGAAAAUUAUGACAUUUGUGAAGAACGAGCUGAAGAUAUUCAAGAGGAUUCUUAGUCCAGAACUCCCAGAAGGCUUUGAGAGUCAGAAGCAGGAAGUGGUGGAUGCUGAAGAUGAGAAGCAGGAGAGCAGUGCCAGAGAGGGGGCUCUGAAGAUCACACUGCACGUCCUGAGGAAAAUGAACCAGAAGGAGCUUGCUGACACACUGGAGGAAUAUGAUCUUGCUGUGAUUUGCCAACGUGAACUCAAAUCUAAUCUAAAGAAGAAGUUUCAAUGUGUAUUUGAGGGGAUCGCUAAACAAGGAAACCCAACACUUCUCAAUAAGAUCUACACAGAGCUCUACAUCACAGAGGGUGGAACAGGAGAGGUCAAUAAUGAACAUGAGCUGAGACAGAUUGAGACAACAACCAGGAAACAAGCAAGACCAGAGACUGCAAUCAAAUGUAACGACAUCUUCAAACCCUUAACUGGACAAGACAAACCUAUCAGAACUGUGCUGACAAAGGGAGUCGCUGGCAUUGGAAAAACAGUCUCUGUGCAGAAGUUCAUUCUGGACUGGGCUGAAGGAAAUGCAAAUCAGGAUGUCCAAUUUGUAUUUUCAUUCCCUUUCCGGGAGCUGAAUUUGAUGAAACGGGACAAACACACUUUCAUUGAACUUCUUAAUCACUUCUCAAUGGAAACCAAACAAUCAAGAAUCUCCAACUACGACAAGUACAAAGUUCUGUUCAUCUUUGAUGGUCUGGAUGAGUGCCGACUGCCCCUAGACUUCCAGAAGAACAAGAUCUGUUGGGACGUCACAGAGUCAACCUCAGUGGAUGUUCUGCUGACAAAUCUCAUCAAGGGAAAUCUGCUUCCCUCUGCUCUCCUCUGGAUAACUACCCGACCUGCAGCAGCCAAUAAGAUCCCUUCAGGGUGUGUUGACCAGGUGACAGAGGUACGAGGGUUCAAUGACCCACAGAAGGAGGAGUACUUCAGGAAGAGAUUCAGUGAUGAGGACCUGGCCAGCAGAAUCAUCUCACACAUAAAGACAUCAAGGAGCCUCCACAUCAUGUGCCACAUUCCAGUCUUCUGUUGGAUUUCUGCAACAGUCCUUGAACACAUGUUGAAACAUAAGAGAGAAGAGAUGCCCAAGACUCUGACUGAGAUGUACACACACCUUGUGGUGUUUCAUACCAAACAGAAGAAUGAAAAGUAUCUUGGGAAAGAAGAGACAGGUCCACACUGGAAUAAAGAGAGCAUUCGGUCACUGGGAAAACUGGCUUUUCUACAGCUUGUGAAGGGCAAUCUAAUUUUCUAUGAAGAAGACCUGAAAGAGUCUGGCAUUGAUGUCAAUGAAGCCUCAGUGUACUCAGGAUUGUGCACACAGCUCUUUAAAGAGGAAUGUGUGCUGUACCAGGACAAGGUGUACUGCUUUGUUCAUCUGAGCAUUCAGGAGUUUCUGGCUGCUGUAUAUGUGUUCCUCUCAUUCAUCAACAACAAUGAGAAUCUAUUGGACAAACUGCAAACAAAAGACGAGUCUGAAGUUACUGUCUACAAGAGUGCUGUGGAUAAAGCCUUACAAAGUGAGACGGGAAACCUGGACCUUUUCCUCCGCUUCCUUCUGGGCCUCUCACUGGAGUCCAAUCAGAAGCACUUACAAGGUCUACUGACAAAGACGAGAAGCAGCUCACAGAGCCAUGAAGAAACAGUCAAGUACAUCAAGGAGAAGAUCAGGGAGAAUCCCUCUCCAGAGAGGAGCAUCAAUCUGUUCCACUGUCUGAAUGAACUGAAUGACCAUUCUCUAGUGGAGGAGAUCCAAAGCUACCUGAGAUCAGGAAGUCUCUCAGAAGCCAAACUGUCACCUGCACAGUGGUCAGCUCUGGUCUUUGUGUUGCUGACUUCAGAAAAGGAGCUGGAUGUGUUUGACCUGAAGAAAUUCUCCAGAUCAGAGGAAGGUCUUCUAAGGCUGCUGCCAGUGGUCAAAGCCUCCAGAGCUGUUCUGCUGUCAGGCUGUGGAGUCACAGAGGAAGGCUGUGCUUCUCUGGUCUCAGCUCUGGAGUCAAACCCCUCACCCCUGAGAGAGCUGGACCUGAGUAACAAUGACCUGAAGGAUUCAGGAGUGAAGCUGCUCUCUGAUGGACUGGGGAAUCCCCACUGUAAACUGGAGACUCUGAGGCUGUCAGGCUGUCUAGUCACAGAGGAAGGCUGUGCUUCUCUGGUCUCAGUUCUGGAGUCAAACCCCUCACACCUGAGAGAGCUGGAUCUGAGUAACAAUGACCUGAAGCAUUCAGGAGUGAAGCUGCUCUCUGAUGGACUGGGGAAUCCCCACUGUAAACUGGAGACUCUGAGACUCACUGGCUGUAAACUCAGAAACACAUCCUGUAAAGAGUUGGCCUCAGUUCUCAGUUCAAACCCCUCACACCUGAGAGAGCUGGAUCUGAGUAACAAUGACCUGAAGGAUUCAGGAGUGAAGCUGCUCUCUGCUGGACUGGGGAAUCACCACUGUAAACUGGAGACUCUGAGACUCACUGGCUGUAAACUCAGAAACACAUCCUGUAAAGUGUUGGCCUCAGUUCUCAUUUCAAACCCCUCACACCUGAGAGAGCUGGAUCUGAGUAACAAUGACCUGAAGGAUUCAGGAGUGAAGCUGCUCUCUGCUGGACUGGGGGAUCCCCACUGUAAACUGGAGACUCUGAGGCUGUCAGGCUGUCUAGUCACAGAGGAAGGCUGUGCUUCUCUGGUCUCAGCUCUGAGGUCAAACCCCUCACACCUGAGAGAGCUGGACCUGUGCUACAAUCAACCAGGAGACUCAGGAGUCAGACUGCUCUGUGCUGGACUGGAGGAUCCACACUGCAGACUGGAGAAACUCAAUGUGGAACAUGGUGGAGAGAACAGAAUGAAACCUGGGAUUAGAAAAUAUGUCUGUGAUCUCACACUGGACCCAAACACAGUAAACAGAUUCCUCUCUCUGUCUGAGGAGAACAGAAAGGUGACAUGGAGGACAGAGGAGCAGCCGUAUCCUGAUCACCCAGAGAGAUUUGAGGACUGUAGACAGGUGCUGUGUGGAGAGGGUCUGACUGGGCGCUGUUACUGGGAGGUAGAGAGGAGUGGGAGAGAGGCUGGAAUAGGAGUGACAUAUAAAGGAAUCAGCAGGAGAGGAAGGAUUGAGGACUGUUGUCUUGGAUACAAUGACAAGUCCUGGAGUCUGUUCUGCUGUGACAACAGUUACAUUGCCAGGCACAAUAGUAAUCCCACUACCAUAGACGUCCCCUCCUCCAGCUCCCACAGAGUAGGAGUGUAUCUGGACUGGCCAGCCGGCACUCUAUCCUUCUAUAGAGCCUCCUCUGACACACUGACCCACCUGAUCACAUUCACCUCAACAUUCACUGAGCCCCUCUAUCCAGGGAUUUGGGUUUAUGAUGAUUCCUUUGGGAUUUGGGACUCCUCAGUGUCCCUGAAAUAAUAACCUGACACACAGACUGAUACACACACACUGAUACACACACACACUGAUACAGACACACUGAUACACACACACUGAUACACACACACACUGAUACACACACACUGAUACACACACACACUGAUACACACACACUGAUACACACACAGACUGAUACACACACAGACUGAUACACAAACACUGAUACACACACACACUGAUACACACACACACUGAUACACACACACAACUCACACACAGGACACAUACACUGGACACACACACACACACACACACACACACUGGACACGAACACACACACACAUUGGACACACACACACACAGACACACACACACACACACACACACACACACACUGGACCGACACACACACACUGAAUACACACACACACACACACACUGAGACACACACACAC